AUGAAGUGCUUGAACUUUUGUGUUGUUUUAUUAUGUUUAUGGACUGCGAAUGGAGCCGAACUCCAAAUUAAAAAGCAGCUUCAGGCGAUGGCUGAGCAGAUUGAGAUCCUGAAAACCAUGCAUUUGUCCGAUGUCACCCGAUUAAAACAAGAAAUUGACGUAUUGAAGCAAAACCAGGCAGCUCCGACAAACAACCUAGACCAAAAUUCUCAAGUGACGUUGCAGUGGGCACAGACUUCUAUGAACGAGCUACGAAUGGAGAUGCAUGAACUCAGCAACAGCAUCAAUAGUUCUACACUUCUUAGACACCUCCAUGUUAUACGUAAUGAGUUAAAACAAGCGCUGACUGAAACCACUGAUUUAGUACAGUUCACGCAAACCCAGGAGACUAGAAUUGACAAGUUAGACAAUGAAGUUGGAUUAUCGAAACAUGAAAACCAACAAUUGAGGGCCAUGGUCGCCCAACUAAGGGCUCACGUUGGAAAACUCUCUAAGGAGAUUAAGGCCAAACAACUUGAAGAAAUGGACAAGAGCAGCAAUAACGAAGUUUUUGAGUCUUACCGGGGUCCAAACAACCACAAACUCCGCCAUAAUAAAAUGGUUCACACCCAAAUUUCGCGACUGUCUCGGACCCAAGAUCAGCUCGAUUCAUACCAACAGACCCUGCAGAAUCAAUUACUAGAUGUUCAACGCCGACUAGAUCGCUUAGAAGAACCCAAUUGGAACCUCAUCACGGCCAAACUGGAAUUAUACGAUUUGGAAUCAAAAGUAUUCAAGGAGGAACUGAAAAAUGUCUCACAAAAAAUAUCAGAUUUCGAUAAAGUGCACGCAUCUUUACUUGAAUUGCGAGAAGACGUCGAGAGCAUCGAAAAUAAAGUUGAUAAGACAAUACCAGAAUUCAGAAAGGAAAUAUCAAAGUUGGACAUCAGUUUUGCUCAGUUGACCGCUGCAACUUCCUACAUCAAGGAGAACCAAGAGAACCUUAAACAGACGGUGAAGGCUAUUGCUGUAAGCGUUAGCAACGUAAUUGACCGUUCCGAGGUGGAGCGGCUGGAUAUGAACAAACUGAAAGAAUCUAUUGUAGACCUGAAAACUACGGCUAAACAGCACUUCUAUCGCCUCAACGACCAUAUCCUGAAGACCGAAGCUACGUAUGUGGAUUCCAACUACACGAUCGUCUCUCUUCCUGAAUUGAUGGGCGAAGUGAAGGAACUGCAACCCGUGGAGCGUGAGUACGAAGAUCUAGUUAAGCAAUUGCCCAAAGACUGCUCCAAUGUAUCUGGUACUCCCGGGAUCUACCUAAUUCACCCCAGUAAAACACCCAUAGAGACCUGGUGCAAUAACCAAACAACUCUUCUUCAGCGACGCUACAACGGCACAAUAGAGUUCAACAGGCAAUUCUCUGAGUAUGUACAGGGCUUCGGUGAUGCCUCUUCGGAAUUCUGGCUUGGACUUCAAUCAAUGCACGAAAUAACCGCCGACAACUGCUCUUCGAUGAGAAUUGACAUGACUGAUAUCUACGGAAGCGUGUGGUACGCUGAGUAUGACCAUUUCUCCGUCGGCGAUGCUGAUUCAGGUUUCAUUCUUGAAGUGAGCGGUUUCAAAGGAAAUGCUAGCGAUGCUUUCGAAUACCAGAACCACAUGGAGUUCUCAACCAUCGACCGUGACCGGGACAUCUCGAACACCCACUGCGCUGCAAACUACGAAGGUGGAUGGUGGUUCUCUCAUUGCCAACACGUUAACAUUAACGGAAAAUAUACGCUGGGCUUGACAUGGUUUGAUUCCGCCAGGAAUGAAUGGAUUGCCGUAGCUACGAGCGAAAUGCGUGUUUACCGCCGCCCAGGCUGCUUCUAA